CCUGCGGCAGCUUGCCUGGCCUCAAUCCAAACCACUGGGCUCCCAUGGGAGCCCUGGGCCCAGGUGGUUGCCAGCCCUGUCGUCCUGGCUGGCUUUGCAGCAAGGGCUGGAGUAUCCAGCUCCCCUGCCCCGUGGGGCUUUGAUGUCACAGCAAAGCACCUGGAGACACAGGGUGGUCUGGGCAAUCGCCCUCACCAGCGAAGGGGAGAAAGGUCCCCAGUGGGUGUCUGCCUGGGACAGCAGCUUUGUAAGGACAGACGGGCAGUGCCCCCUCCUCUCCUGGUUAGACAUGGGGCAGCCAGCACGUGGCCAGCUGGGCCUUCGUCUUCCUGAAACCUCCUGACCCUGGGCACCUGGGGCCACUGGAGGUUCUGGACCUCCAGAGCUGUGCCUUCCGGGUGGUUCCGUGUCCUGUCCUGGGGCAGCACUUUGGGGCAGGUGUGGUCCCUGGUGGGAUGGUCUUAGAGCCUGUUCUCAGCUGAGUCCCAGUUGUGACAGCCAGGUGGGCCUCUGCCUCUCUGGACGGCACACCUGUCAGCUGUGCAGCUACCCUCGGCACCCUGGCUGCUGUGUGCUGUUCCACCCAGGCUCUGUCUCCAGGAGGCCAGGCCAACCGCCAACUGGAGCCUGGCCAGCCCUGCCACCUGUCUGCCCCAGGCUUCCUGGCCAAGGCUCCAGGGUUGACCAGGAGACACUUCAAGGCUAGUCUGCCCAGCUUAGCUUCCUUUUUGGGAACUUUCCCCAAUGACCUGUUCAUCUUUCUGACCCCUGCUUUAUACACAAACCCCUCUGCUGCCACUGUGUCCAGUAAUCACUCUCAGAUGGUGGCCCUGCCUAGCAGGCCCAGGCCUGCAAGCCAGAUGAUGGCUCUCCUGGGUCCCCAUAUCCUGAGCUGGGCCUGAUAGGAAGACAGGGAGCAGGGCUUCCUGGGGACUGUCUGAGCGUGGAGGCCCUGCCCCCUGCACCUGCUCCCCAAGGGGCUGGGGAAGCUCUGCUCAGCCCUGAGGGCCCCUUCCUGAACAUCAGGACUGGGGUUCUUGGGGCCAUCUCCCCACUGCGGAGGUGCCACCUGUACAGGAGUGAGGGUCACAAUGGCUGUACAGCUUCCAGAAGGUUGACAGGACUCACCCAGCAGGGGCCAGCCUGGCCCCAUUCCUCCCUUUCAGCUGCUGCUGCUAAGUUGCAUCAGUCAUGUCCGACUCUGUGACCCCAUAGAUGGCAGCCCACCAGGCUCUGCCAUCCCUGGGAUUCUCCAGGCAAGAACACUGGAGUGGGUUGCCAAUUCCUUCUCCAAUUUUCCCUUUCUGAGGCCAACUCAAACCCUGGCUGAGCUCUGACCCUGCCAGGUGGACUGUGAGGCUCAGGUGCGUGGAACACCUGCCGGAUGCAGGGACUCCUGGGUGGAUGCACAGGUGUGGGCCUGGAUGGGGUCCGGUCGGGAGUGCUGAGGACCUGACUGGCUUGAGAACACCUUGGUGGGCUGUGUGGUUGUGUACACGCGUGUCCUGAGCACCUGUGAGCUACGGGUGUGCAACGUCAUGUGUGUCAGUGCUAUCUGAGGCUGCUGGGCCAGGCGCCCUCCGCUGGCCUCCACUUGGGUCUGCAGGGCCCACCUGCAUCCCAGCGCCCAGUGCAGGGCAUCCACCAGCUCUGCAGUGUCUGGUGUCCAGCCAUGAGUCCAAAGCCAUAGGUGGCUCUCAGGCCACAGCAGGUCUCGGGACUGCCUUUGCCUCAGGUCCUCAGACCCCUCCUGGCUGCAGGAGCACCAACCACAGGGCAGGACGGAGGCCAGAGGGGUCUCAGGCUACCUAGAGCAAGGCUGGAGAGCUAGCUGGAUCCAGCAGUGCCUGCCCAGUGGCUGUGGGUCCAGGGAGGAGGACAGGAGCCUCACUGUCCAGCAGCAUCCAGCCCCUGAUACUUGCCCACCAGCCCCUCCUAGUCUCCAGCGAGUAUCACAGCCCUCCCUGGGUGGUGGCCUCUGCUGGCCAGCAGCCCGAGGGCCCUGUGCUGUGCCUGCCUCCCCAGAGCACCUCUGCCUCCAGAAGCUGAACCCAGAGGGGCCCUGGCACCCUUGGAGCAUUUGGGAGGAGGGGCUGGUCCAGGUUGGGGUUGGGCGGUUCUGGGGGGUAUGUCCUGGGGUCCAGCAGGGGAGUGCUUGGGGCCUAGACUGGGUACCUUUCCCCGCCCCCACCACAAGCCUUGGUUGGGUCAGGCCCUGAGGCUGUUGGGUGGGCUGAGACGGCUCUGGAGGGGCUGUGCUUGGCUGGCCCUCACAGACCAGGGAGGGUUGUGGAGAAGGGGUAGGUGCAGAGGAGGCUGGGCAGGGCAGAGUGGGGGUGCCCUGGGCACUGGAGAGUCCCACAAAUGGCUCGGGUUUGGGGUCACAGGUCCUGGGAGGCGAUGCUGGACGAGAGAGGAGGCUGUGGCUGCUGGUGUGACACUGGGGUGCAGCUGCUGCUCCAGGCUGCCACUCACCGAGGCUGCCAGAAAGCCCCUGCCCAUUACUCAUAGCUUGGCCCCCUGGGGUGACAUGUGGUGACCUUGGUCCCUGAGGGGCCUCCCCAUGGGCUUUUCUGGGACAGGCCCUGUGAAGUGAGGGGUGUAGGUGUUUGUCCAUUGGUGCUUUGGGCCCCGCCCUGCAGGGUGAUGGGUCCUUCAUGCUGCGGCCUGUGUUCCCUGGCUCUUGGGAGAGACACUCGGGGCAGCAGAUGGAAGAGCUGGUGGGGGGGUGGGGGAAGGGGCGGAGGCUCCGGGUGGGUGGGGCUAGGCCAGAGCAGUGACGCUGGAGAAAGGGGCCUCAUAAGUCACGGCCGUCCUGUGACUGCAGUGGGGCGGGAGCACACGGGACCAGGGGACGCUGCCCGGGGACAGGAGCAGGUUGGUGACUCGCCUGGAGGCUGGGUGGGCAGGGGCUGCUCCCAUUAGGGGCUGCUCCAGGUAUGUGAUUUGAAGAUGAGCUUGACCUUCUAGAGAGGUUUCAGGGUGGGGGGAGCUGAGUUCCUGGGGGUGCGGCAGGACUGGAUGCAUGGGGUCUGGUGGGAGUGGGGCCUGGACCCCUAGCGUCACGGGUGGAGGAGGGCAGACACUGUCGAGGGAUCCCGAUCACAGCCUUGACCUCUGUGCCCCUGGAAGGGUCCCACGGAGGUUCCAGGGAGGGCAGCCUGGUUUCAGAGUGUGGAGGAGGGUCAGAAAGUGAGGUCACCAGGUAAACUGUGCCUCGUCCUCCAGCCCCUCCACAGCCCAAGGACAUUGUGAGCCCCACCGCCAGGGGUGUGGCUGGGCUAGGGGUCCCAGGAGCCUGAGAUCCUGCCCUGCGUUCCUCUCUUUUCUGUCAGCAGAGGCCUGGAGGGAGCCCCCCAGGAUCCAAUCCCCCUUCAGGGCUUCCCCCGACUCACUGAGAGGCCGGCUCUGGGGUUGAGAGGCUGGUGUCCUGGGGGGCGGAUUCUCAGCCAGGACACCUCAUCCUGGGCUGGCAAGUGAGCAGCACACCUAGGGUCCUGCUCCAACUGGGGUCCCACCUUGAUGCUGCUCAGGGCUGCAGGCAGGACCCCCCACCUGCCCCCACUUCCUCCCCAGACCUCUUGGCCCUGAUGCUGGCCACCCCAGGCUGGUCUAAUGACAAGUAAGUGGGCAGAGCAGCAACCAGGCCCCAUGUGGGGCUGUCGAGAACAUCACAAGGAUGGGAUGCAGAAGCUGGUGGUGGGCAGGUGAAGGGCAACUGACCUGUGGACCCAGGAAGCCCCCCAGGCCUGUUGGACAUCAGCUCCUGUAGACAGGAGGGUGGGCGUCCGGAGGUGUCUGGGUGGGGCUCAGUCCCCGGCCCACAAGGGCAAAGAUGAACAAACUCUGGCUUAGACAUCAGGAAGGGAUGGACUGACGAACGGACAGUCAGACAGGUGGCUGAGUGGCCUCUUCUCCUCCUGCAGGCUGAGCACCAUGAGCGUCCGCGUGCGCCCUCACCUCGGAGUCGGCCUCUGUCUGUAUCUUAGUGUCACCCUGGGGCUCAGCCAGGGACAAGCGAGUGGCCGCCUGAGGCUGGUGGUGCUGCCUGAGGACCGGCUGCAGAUGAAGUGGAGAGAGUCAGAGGGGAGCAGCCUCGGCUACCUGGUGCAGGUGAAGCCCAGGGCAGGGGACCCAGAGCAGGAGGUGAUGCUGACCACCAAGACCCCCAAGGCCACUGUGGGGGGCCUGAGCCCCUCCAAGGGGUACACCUUGCAGAUCUUCGAGCUCACUGGCUCAGGGAACAUCCUGCUGGCUCGCAGGGAGUUUGUGAUCGAGGAUCUGAAGAGUAACUCCGUGAGCAGGAGCAGCCAGAGGCCACUGGGGGCAACCCUGGAGCCCACCCCCUCCCUUGUCGGGAGCCCAGACCUUGAGCCCCCAGGGGCCCUGGCCCCAAGCCAAGAUCCACCCACGCUUGGAAGACCCCAGUUCCGCUGCACACCCCCCAUGCCUGCGGACAUGAUCUUUCUGGUGGAUGGGUCCUGGAGUAUAGGCCGCAGUCACUUCCAGCAGGUCAAAGACUUCCUGGCCAGCGUCAUUGAGCCCUUUGAAAUUGGUCCGGGCAAAGUCCAAGUAGGUCUGACUCAGUACAGUGGAGCCCCCCAGACCGAGUGGGACCUGAAUGACUUUGGCACCAAGGAGGAGGUGUUGAAUGCUGUGCACAACCUCCGCUACAGAGGAGGAAACACAUUCACAGGCCUGGCCCUGACCCACGUGCUGGAGCAGAACCUGAAGCCCAGAGCAGGUCUCCGUCCAGAGGCGGCCAAGUUGGUGAUUCUGGUGACAGAUGGCAAGUCCCAGGAUGAUGCCCACGCUGCUGGCCACGUGCUCAAGGGUCUGGGUGUCGACAUCUUUGCUGUGGGCGUGAAGAAUGCUGACGAAACCGAGUUGAGGCUCCUGGCAUCCCAGCCGCUGGACAUCACCGUCCACAAUGUGCAGGACUUCCCCCAGCUCGGCACACUCUCCGGCCUACUCAGCCGGCUCAUCUGCCAGAAGGUCCAGGGCAGGAGCCCUCGUGGGGGCCCAGCUACACCGGCCCUGGAUCCCCCUCCUGCUCCCACAAGGCUGGUCCUGACCCAAGUGACCUCCUCCAGCGUCCUCUUGUCCUGGAGCCCGGCCCCACAGCCGCCCCUCAAGUACCUGAUUGUGUGGAGGCCUUCCAAGGGCGGCACCCCCAGGGAGGUGGUGGUGGAAGGGCCCACCUCAUCAGCGCAGCUGAACAACCUGACCUCCAGCACCGAGUACCUGGUCUCUGUGUUCCCCCUCUACAAGGCUGGCGUCGGCGAGGGCCUGCAGGGCCUGGUGACCACAGCACCCCUGCCCCCACCCCAGGCGCUGACCCUGGCUGCAGUGACACCCAAAACUGUCCGCCUCACCUGGCAGCCCUCGGCAGAAGCCACCCAGUACCUGGUGCGGUGGUCAUCUGCCUCCCCCAAGGGCGAGGAGGAGAGGAGAGAGGUGCGGGUGGGGCGGCCGGAGGUGCUGCUGGAUGGCCUGGCCCCGGGCAGGGACUAUGAGGUGUGGGUGCAGAGCCUUCAAGGGGCAGAGAUCAGCGAGGCCCAGGGCAUCCGUGCCAGGACCCCCGCCCUGGCCACCCCCAGACACCUGAGCUUCUCAGACGUGAGUCAUGAUUCAGCCCGCGUGUCCUGGGAGGGCACCACAAGACCUGUGCGCCUGUUCAGGGUCACCUACAUCUCGGGCAAGGGAGGCCACUCGGGACAGACGGAGGUUCCUGGGAACGCCACCUCGGCCAUCCUGGGGCCCCUCUCCUCCUCCACCACCUACAUGGUCCGCGUCACCUGUCUCUACCCUGGGGGCAGCUCCUCUACCCUGACCGGCCGCCUGACCACACGGAAAGUCCCCAGCCCAAGCCAGCUGUCGGUGACAGAACUGCCUGGGGACAAAGUCCGGCUCGAGUGGGCGGCCGCGGCGGUGUCCGGCGUGCUUGUCUACCAGAUCACGUGGAUGCCCCUGGGAGAGGGGAAGGCCCGUGAGGUGUGGGGGGAGCGGACCCUCCCCACCCCAGCUCCUCCCAUGAGCCCAGACCCCAGGGAAGGACACCUCCCCCAGGUGGACACCAGUCCCUCUUCUCCACAGAUUUCUGUCCCGGGGAACCUGGGCACGGCCAUCCUGCCUGGCCUGGGGAGGCACUCAGAGUAUGAGAUCACCAUCCUGGCCUACUACCGGGACGGGGCCCGCAGUGACCCUGUGUCCCUCCGUUACACCCCCGUCAGCCGGAGCCCACCCUCCAACCUGGCCUUGGCCUCAGAGUCGCCUGACAGCCUGCGGGUCAGCUGGACGCCCCCGAGCAGUCACGUGCUCCACUACCGGCUCUCCUACGCGCCGGCCUCAGGCUCCGGACCUGAGAAGUUGAUUUCCAUUCCAGGACCCGGGAGCCACGUGACGAUCCCUGACCUGCUGGCGGCUACCAAGUACCGGGUCCUGGUCUCAGCCAUCUAUGGAGCAGGGGAGAGCGUGGCGGUGUCUGCCACAGGCCGGACGGCAUGCCCGGCCCUCCACCUGGAUGGCGCCCUCCCAGGCUUUGACCUGAUGGCGGCCUUCGGGCUGGUGGAGAAGGAAUAUGCCUCCAUCCGUGGCGUGGCCAUGGAGCCCUCGGCAUUUGGCCCCACCAGGACGUUCACGCUCUUCAAGGACUCUCAACUGACCCGGCGGGCCAGCGACAUCCACCUGGCCACCCUGCCCCCGGAGCACACAGUCGUCUUCCUCCUGCGCCUGCUCCCCGAGACGCCCCGAGAGGCCUUUGCAUUGUGGCAGGUGGCAAGCGAGGACUUCCAGCCCAUCCUCGGGGUUCUGCUGGACGCCGGCAGGAAGUCGCUGACCUACUUCAACCGUGACCCCAGGGCCACCUUGCAGGAGGUCACCUUCGACCUGCCUGAAGUGAGGAGGAUAUUCUUUGGGAGUUUCCACAAGGUGCAUGUGGCCGUGGGCCGCGCCAGGGUCAGGCUCUACGUGGACUGCCGGAAGGUGGCCGAGAGGCCCAUCGGAGAGGCCGGCGGCCUGCCUGCUACCGGCUUCGUCAUGCUGGGCAGGUUGGCCAAAGCCCGGGGCCCCCGGAGCAGCUCAGCCUCGUUCCAGCUCCAGGUGCUACAGAUUGUGUGCAAUGACUCGUGGGCAGAGGAGGACAGGUGCUGCGAGCUCCCAGCAUCGAAGGAGGGAAAGUCCUGUCCUGCCUUCCAAUCUGCCUGUGCAUGUUCCUCACAGACCCCUGGGCCCCCAGGCCCCCAAGGACCUCCGGGCCUCCCCGGGAGGAAUGGAGCCCCAGGAGAGCAAGGCUUCCCAGGGCCCAGGGGAGAGCCCGGGCCACCUGGACAGAUGGGACCCGAGGGUCCUGGGGGUCAGCAGGGGUCACCGGGCACCCAGGGCCGCACCAUCCAGGGACCCGUGGGUCCGCCAGGGGUCAAAGGAGAGAAGGGGGACCAUGGACACCCCGGCUUGCAGGGCCACCCCGGCCUCCAGGGCACCCCCGGGAAGAUUGGCAUCCAGGGACCAAAGGGAAUGAGAGGCCUGGAGGGGACUGCUGGACUGCCUGGCCCCCCAGGCCCUAGGGGCUUCCAAGGUACUGCGGGGGCUAGGGGCAGCAACGGCGAGCGAGGACCCCCAGGGGCCGUGGGGCCCACAGGACUGCCGGGGCCCAAGGGGGAGCGAGGAGAGAAGGGAGAGCCACAGUCCCUGGCCACCAUCUACCAGCUUGUGGGCCAGGCCUGCGAGUCCGCCAUCCAGACGCACGUGUUGAAGCUCCAUGCCUGCACCCACGAGAGCACCCGGCCCCCCAUGCCCAUCUUGGAAGCCCCCAGGGCCCUUGGCACGAGCAGCAAGGCCCGGCUCCCUGGAGAAGGGGGGCAUGGUGGCCCCCGCCCUGGGGACAGAGCCUUUGAGAUGAAACAAGGAUCAGAGCCUGACGGUCCCCCUGCUGCCUCGAGUGAGCCCGCAUGUGCCCCUGGAUCCUGGACACCCGACAUCCGACCCCUGGAGCAGCUGGAGAAGAAGGUCCAGAGAGACAAGCUGCCAUUCGUCCUUGGUUGUGAGGAUCCCCCCACCAUGGUCUCCCUCACUGCCUUCUUCCUGUGUGGCCACUGA